UGCAAGGCGUUCAAGAGUGACGGUGUAUCCGGGAGACAGCCGGUGGGCUGCAGAGAAAGUUGUUCACUUUACCUUUGAUAAUUUGCACUGCAAUUAUUUUCUUGUUGGUUUGAUUGCAGUUUAAAGCCGCUGGGAUGGCUUUCGAUGUCAGACGACUUGAUAUCUACAGGAAAGUACCAAAAGACCUUACACAGCCCACAUACACAGGAGCUUUUAUUUCCAUCUGCUGCUGCGUGUUCAUGCUGUUCCUUUUCCUGUCAGAACUGACUGGCUUCAUUGCCACUGAAAUAGUGAAUGAAUUGUACGUGGAUGACCCUGACAAAGAUAGUGGAGGAAAAAUUGAAGUGAAUCUAAAUAUCAGUUUACCUAACCUUUCGUGCGAUGUUGUUGGACUAGACAUUCAAGAUGAAAUGGGAAGACAUGAAGUUGGCCAUAUUGAUAACUCCAUGAAACUUCCUCUAAAUAAUGGCCAAGGCUGUAGGUUUGAGGGACAAUUCAGUAUUAAUAAAGUUCCUGGUAAUUUCCAUGUGUCCACACACAGUGCCACUGCGCAACCAGAUAACCCAGACAUGACUCACGUAAUUAACAAGCUGACAUUUGGUGAAAUAAUAGAGGUUAAAAAUGUUCAAGGUGCUUUUAAUGCCUUAGCUGGAACGGAUAAACUUAGUUCAAAUGCUCUAGCAUCGCAUGACUAUGUACUGAAGAUAGUCCCUACAGUGUAUGAAGAUCUAAAGGAAAAACAACGCUUUUCCUAUCAGUACACAGUGGCACAAAAGGAAUAUGUGGCAUAUAGUCACACAGGCCGUAUUAUACCUGCCAUCUGGUUUCGAUAUGACCUCAGCCCAAUCACUGUCAAAUACGUUGAAAGACAACAGCCAUUAUACAGGUUUAUUACAACAAUUUGUGCAAUCAUUGGAGGAACAUUUACAGUUGCUGGGAUCAUAGACUCUUGCAUUUUUACAGCAUCUGAAGCCUGGAAGAAGAUUCAGCUGGGCAAAAUACACUAGCAACAAUGUAUGCAAUUACUGAGCCAGUCCAGUUUGCAAGUAACUGACUUAAAAUGAACUGAGAUUUUUAUUUAUGCUGGACUACCAACCAGAGUCAUUCAAAGUUACAGCUAGAUUUUGGGUAAUUCUGUUUCAUUCUGUAGUCAUUAAGAAGUGAAAUGUGUUGCGCAAGAUGUUUGAAUAUCUAAAUGAAUGACAAAGUAACUCAUGCACAUCUGUCUUUAAUAAUAUUACAUUAUAUUCUGAUGUAAAUUGAUAACAUUGUUGAAGAAAACAUCUAAAGCUGAAAGAGUUGUUGAGAAAAAUAGAAUUUGUCUUUUCUGAUCUUAAAGCCAAACAAAAACAGUGGACAAUGAAGAGACACCUGAUUUUGUUCUGUUUUACAUUUUUAUGCAACAGGAUUAAAGUUAGAUUUUGUUUAGUUCCUUUAACAAAGUUCAACAUACCAUUUAACACAUCAAUUUGGAUAUCAGUUUUUAUGUUAUAUAAAAGUACUAUCUUUUGGCUGUGUCUUUACAUAGAACAAUAAAGCACAGUAACAGGCUCUUGGGCCCACCAUGUCUGUGCCGACCAUGAUGCUAUUCUGAACUAAUUUAAUCUGGCUGCACGUGGUCCGUGUCUCUCUAUUCCCUGCCUGUUCAUGUGUCUAGCUAAACGUUUCUUAAACUGUGCUAUCAUAUCUGUUUCCACCACCUUCCCUGGCAAUAUGUUCCAGGCAGGAUCAGAAGUUUAAUUUGCAUUGUUAUAUCUUACUGUCUGUAUGUAAAACGUGCAUAUUUUGAAUGGCAUGUUGGUAGUUUUGUUUUAAAGAACACUUGCACAUAAAUUUUGUGACUGCUUUUGAGGGCUAUAAUCAGUGCUUAAAAUUGAAAAUUAGGAUCUAUAUUUAUAUUAGUAUACCAUUUUGUCCAUAGUUAUUUACUGGUACUUUAAUGUAUUCAAAGUUCAUUGGAUGCAAAUAAUCUCCAUGCUGGAAUUUUAGGUAACUGUAAGCAAUUACUUGAUGGGUUUAAAAAAACAGUAUUUAUCUGAAGUGAAUCAUCAAAUAGGAAUUAAUGCUUUUAUCCCCGUAUGGUUAGUGAAGAUGCAGAGACACUCAAAAUUUCAAGGUGCAGCUAUAAAUGAAAAUAUAUAAACACUCUAUUUCAGUAGGUACUUAGCUAAUAGAAAACCAGUUACAACAUGGGGAAACUGAAAUAAAUCGCCUGAGAGAAAUGUUGAAAAUUGUACCUUGUCGGUGGAACAGAUGAGCAGUGAUAUUUAAAUAUUUUUCUCCAACGUACAGUGCCAAAUGUCUUGAAUAACGAUAUGAUUCAUUCCUCUAAAUUUAUUUUUAAAGUUUAUAAUAAAGUCAUUUAAAAUGCAGUAUUUGGUGCUCCAGAACUAUGAAGAAGCCAAUAUAAAUCAGUAAACAUCUGUGAGGUAAAAAUUUAAAGCAGGGUCAUGUAAGGAAAGAGAUAGUAGGAACUGCAGAUGCUGGAGAAUCUGAGAUAACAAGGUGUAGAG